UCCCUCCCCUGAAGGCCGUGGCGUUUGGUUGCACACAGGCUGCAGUUUCAGUUUGUUUUAUUCACCAUUUUGAGUAGCUGAGGAUACAAAAAUUAAGAAUAUUUGCGUUUGGAGGAGAAGUCGCCGCCGUAUUUUUUAUUUUUACGCCCUAGCUCAGACGGUGGAGUUGUGCGUCAACCUCCCUCCCCUCGGUGUUUUGCAGAGCGGGAAUCUAUAUUUCUUUUCCCCGUGCUUUUUCUUCUCCCUUUUCUUGCAACCUUAACCUCUACAGUAUUCCUGCAAAAUGUCAAGACCCGUGAGGAACAGGAAAGUGGUGAACUAUUCACAAUUCAAUGAGUCUGACGAUGCAGAUGAGGAGUAUGGUGAUGACAAGCCCAAGAAGGUGCACACAGCCCCUCGGGAGCCCAAGCACAAGCGCUCAAAGAACUCACAGGAUGACAGUGAGGACUCUGACGACAAGCUCUCUAAAUCCAAAAACGAUUCCGCAGAUGAUUUUGGCAGUGAUGAAGAAGACAACGAUUUUGGAGAGGAAGAGGAUGAAGACGGAGGAAGCGAUUAUGAAGAAAAAAGAGGGAAAAAGGGAAAGAAAGCCAAGGUGGAGAAACCAGCCAAAAGGGGGCCGAAGAGAAAACGAGCUGCAGAUGACAGUGAUGACGAGAGGGAGGUGAGUCGAAAGCGUACAGUGCGCCAGGCAGCCUCCAAGGCUGUGUCCAAACAGAGGGAGAUCCUCCUGGGAGAUGGAGGCAGCGAGGACGAGGAGCAGGAAGACCCGGAGGAAUCCUACAUGGACCCUGACGAGUCUGGCAGCGACGAAGACUUCAUGGUGGAGGACGAUGAUGACAGUGACUACGGUCAAUCCAAGAAGAGGGGAAGCAAGAAGGUGAUUCGACGGGGGCGGCCGGAGAAGAAAGAGAAGAAAAGCCCCAAGCCCAGACUAAAGGCCACAGUGACCCCCAGCCCAAUGAAGGGAAAGGGCAAGGGGCGCCCCAGCACCAAGGCUUUGGAGAAGAGCUCACCCAAAGAGGAGGAGGAGGAUGAGGAGGACCCAGAGAGCCCCCUGGAGGAGGAAGAGGAGGAGGUAGAGAAGAAAGAGACCUCCCCUGCCCCCAAAACGACAAAGGAGGCUGCUGGAGGAGAGGAGGAAGAGGAGGAGGAGGAGGAGGAAGACGGCUCAGAAGAGGAGGCACCGUCUGGAGAAGACUAGAAGAUGGAACCAGUUUGACGACCAUCGUCCAUGUCUGUCUCUCUCUCUCUCUCUCGUUCUCUCUCCACUGAUUUUGUUUUGUUGCUUUGCAUUUAGAGUUUGUUUUUUUUUCUGUUCCCCUUGGCAGCCUGGCUCAAUGGUUUGUACUCUGCAUGCUUUCUCCUCUUUUGCGCCCCCUUCCAACUACGACUAAUACACGCAGUCAAGCACAUUCAGAGUUAGUUUUUCUUGCAACACGCUUUCUCCCCUGUCAACGCGUGCAGACCUUUUCAUGGAGCUUAGCGUUGGUGGGCCAACCACUUGUUGACUUUUUCCUGCCUUGGGGUUUUCUGUGCGCGGACAUUGCUGUUCCUGGCUCGCCAGCAUCGGUAGCUAGUGCUGUGCUUAAAAAAUGACAUUAGGUCAAGACACUGAUGCUUUAACCCUUGUUCUGGUUCUCUGUGCUUUUAACCAGGAGCCUAUUUUAACAGUGCUGCAUUAGUUUCCAUAGUGUGUUUUUUACCUUUCAAACUGUUUCUGGCCAUUGAAGAAACUUCUUCCUGGUGUUUAGGUUCACCGGCUUCAUUCAGACUCAGUGCCCUGAACAUUUGUGUAGCUGUGUGUGUGGGGGAGGAGGAGAAGCAUUAUUUGAUGAGUGUUUCAUUUGUAGUAGCUGCUUCAUAGAUCCAACAAUUAGAGGUGUGGCGGAGCGGUGUGUUCGCUGACACUACCAUCAUGUCUGGAGCCAGCAUGUGUUCGUUUGACAUUUGUGUGCUUGUGGGGCUUUCCUUUCCUCAGCCUGUGUGAAGACGGUUCUGUUGUAUGUUGGGCUACAUACUGUAGACGCCCCAUCCCCUUUGCAUGGAUACAGCAUCUUUUAAGUGUUCAAGCCCUUGUGCCAGGCACCCAGAAAUCUUUUUAUUUUUAAGAAAUGCAAAAAGUUUUUUUUUUUUCCAGAGUUAAAGAAAUGAAUGUUUUUUCUCCUGUUGGUUCAUUGUUCUAAUUCUCUAUUCAGAUUUUUUUUGUAAUGUUUGUUUUUUAAGAAAAGAAAUAAAAAUGUAUCUUGAUUUUAAAGAAAAACGUUGACCCUAUCCAAUCUGUUCUGCUCAGUGGUUGGACCAGCCGUCCCUCCGUCAUUUACUGCUGUCCUUUCGUUUUCCCAGUCACAUCUGCUUGAUGGUUACUGUGUGUAUCCGUGUUCAUUUGUUUCUUGGAGCUCUUCGUUUCCCACGUUCGCAUCUCGCAAGCAGACACAUCUAAAUUUCUCUGCUACUGAGGCUCUGCAGUAGCGAGCCGCUUGGUGUGUAUCCGGCAUUCAUUUGUCUGUUAAUGCCUUAAUUUUCAGUAGGUUUUCUGUAGUGGCUAUGAGAUCACUGGAGCCCUGAGAAUGUAAUUUGUCCUCAUGUUUUUGGUCUGUGCUACAAUCGACAAACUAAGUUUCGAACCAACCCAAAACGUGUGCGAUCAGCAGGCCAUCCAAAGCCAUAAACAAUCUCCAAACUAGUGACUCGGAGAUCAGGUGCAGCACUUGUUAGAUUGUCCUUUUUUCAGAGGAGUAGUAUUUGAUGUCAAAGUUUAAAAAAGAAAGUUAACGUAUUGUAAUCUUGGGAAGAAAACUCCAUUUAUUAGAUUUAUUAGAUUAGAUGCUAAUCAGGAGGAAUUCAUUCAGAUUCGUCCCAAGGCUGCAAUAGAAACCAGUCCUGAUUGUGAACAGGACAGAACCUAGUGGUGGUUCUGAAGCACAUCAAUUGUUUUACAAUGUAAUUAUUGCAGGUUAUUGUGUUUUUCUACAUUCAGGUUUUCAAUUGGAACCUAAUCCUCAAAGUCCUUUUAAUACAAUUGGAUACAAUGAGAGACUAAAGUUUGUUUCUACUGAUGUGCAGCUGUUCCAGCUCUGUCGCAGUAGUUCUCAGCGCUGAGGGCUUGAGUGAGGUUCCUGCCCAUCAUCCCACAGGAGGCACAUGGCAUAAGGCUGUGAAUUUCUCCACUUGCAUCUAUUCUGAGGUUUCUGUUGUAUUGUUUUGAUGUUUCUUUUCUAUCUACCUUAGUUGUACUGGCAAUGUAAAUGUAAGCCGAGAUGUGAUUCCUACAGGAGACCAAGUGAAGAAGCUUUUGUCAGCAGCGAGGCAAAGGAACGCUGAACUCUUGAAUCUUUUUGCAUGUUGUGGAAAAAGUGCGAAGCGAUGAUGAUGCUGGUAUUGGAAAUAUUGUGGUCUUACAAAAACAAGUAUUAACGACAAUGUUGAUAAUGUUUUGAUUUCCCAGCUUCUAAUAAAGGCAACCUACUUUUUA